AUGUCAUUACCAAAUACCAAGAGACAAAAGGUUACAGAACCCGAAUCAAAGACUCCAGAGCAAGGGACAGAAGACCAACAGGCCAAUGCCAGUCUUCGAUCACCGUUACAAAGACCAGAACAUCAACAAUCUAUCUCGCCUAUCAACAAUUCCAAAUCGCACACACCUAGAAAAUUAAUAUUGGGCCAAAAUGACAAUAGAUACGCCUUUUCCCAACCUAGCGUAUCGUCCUCUUCAUUUCAGGUUCCCACUCUACAACCUCCUGAUUCAUCUUCAUCAAGGGGUAGGAAAGAUAUAAAGUCAUAUUCUCAAUCGCCUCCAAGGUCCCCUGGCAGAUCACCCAAACGAAGAUUGGAACUAAUCCAAUUAUCUCCAGUGAAAAACAAUCGUAUAAAACUAAGAGAAUUAUAUGAUGCCCAUAAUUCUCAGAGUAAGAAGGAAAGACUCUUUAUAAAUAAGUUGACGUUGAAUAAUUUUAAAUCAUACGCAGGUCAACAAGUCGUUGGUCCAUUCCAUACUAGUUUUUCUGCUGUGGUGGGUCCCAAUGGGUCAGGAAAAUCCAACGUUAUUGACUCAAUGUUGUUUGUGUUUGGAUUCAGAGCUAAUAAAAUGAGACAGGAUCGUUUAUCUGAUUUGAUUCACAAAUCGGAAAAGUUCCCAGAUUUAACCUCAUGUUCAGUGGAUGUAGAGUUCUUAUACGCUAUAGAUGAGCAUGAUGGUGAUACUAAGAUCAGUGAAACCAAGCCUAAACUAGUAAUUUCAAGGAAAGCAUUCAAGAACAAUUCCUCAAAGUAUUACAUAAAUGGGAAGGAGAGUAAUUAUACUGAUGUUACUAAAUUAUUAAAAGAGGAAGGAAUCGAUUUAGAUCAUAAAAGGUUUUUGAUUUUGCAAGGUGAAGUUGAAAAUAUUGCACAAAUGAAACCAAAGGCAGAAAAGGAAAGUGAUGACGGUCUUCUCGAAUAUUUGGAAGAUAUUAUUGGAACUUCAAAAUAUAAGCAACUUAUUGAAAAGGAUUUGAUUGAGAUCGAAUCAUUGAAUGAGAUAUGCAUUGAAAAAGAAAAUAGAUUUGAGAUUGUAGAUCGCGAAAAGAAUUCAUUAGAAUCUGGUAAGAACUUAGCCUUAGAAUUUUUAGAGAAGGAAAAACAAUUGACAUUGUCCAAAUCCAAAUUAUUACAAUACAAUUUAUGGCAAAAUAAUUCCAAACUAACAAACACCUUACAGAAAAUAUCUGCAUUGAAUGAAGAAUAUAAUGUUGAAAAAUCAAAAAAUCAAACUCUUCAGAAUGAGAUAAACAGAACUAAACAAUUACUAAACGAAUCUCAAAGCAAGAUAAAAGUACUUGAAGGUGAGGAAAAACAGCAGCUUAAAUCAAAAAGAAUCUUAGAGGGUGAGCACGUUUCCCUCGAUGAGAAAUUGAAGAACUUAACUCAGAAAAAAGCAAAAACGGAAAAGAUUAUAGCGACAACAGAGAAAACCAUUUCUAGCCUGACAUCAGAGAUACAGGAAUUGGAAAAAUCUCAAAAAGAGUACUCUGAUGAAUUAGAAACUUUAAAUCAGCAAUUACAAUCAGAAAGAGAAUCUUUAGAAGCCAUGAAACUAAAAUUAAAAGAAAAGACAAGUGGCAUCUCUGAGGAAAUUUUAAUUCAUGAACAUGAUUUAGAACCUUGGAAUAUAAAGGUACAGGAGAAAAAAACAGAAAUUCAACUUGUCGAAUCUCAGAUAUCACUUUUGCAAGAAGGGCAGGUGAAAUUGAAGAAUGAUAUAAAAGUCUUAAGUCAAGAAGUAUCAAAUCAAACAGCCUUAAAAAUUAAAAGAGAAGAAGAUCUUGUUAAUUUGAAAAAACAACAAUCUUCUAUAACAAAGGAGAUUUCAAACGGAGAAACUGAAUGUAACGAUGGUCGCAGUAAAUUGAAGGAAAUGAAAAAUGUACUAAAUAUGCAAAGACAGCGAGCUAGUGAAGCCCGAUUAGCACUUGCGAAUGUUCAAAAUAGAGGCAAGGUUUUAACAGCCUUGUAUAAAUUGCAGAAAUCAGGACGUAUAGUUGGUUUCCAUGGCAGACUAGGUGACCUGGGAACUAUAGAUAAUACAUAUGAUGUUGCAGUUUCCACGGCCUGCCCACGAUUAGAUGAUAUUGUCGUCGAAACAGUCGAAUGUGGACAACAAUGCAUAGAAUAUCUGAGAAAAAACAAGUUAGGUUACGCCAGGUUCAUUUUAUUGGAUAAACUACGAUCAUUCAACACAAAUACCAUCCAAACUCCUAAGAAUGUACCAAGGCUAUUCGAUUUAAUUAAACCAAAGGACUCAAAGUUUGUUCCAGCCUUCUAUAGUGUCCUGAGAGAUACUUUGGUUGCAAAGGAUCUAAAACAAGCAAAUAGGGUCGCAUAUGGACAGAGAAGAUAUAGAGUUGUUACACUGGAUGGUAAGUUAAUUGAUGUUUCUGGUACGAUGAGUGGUGGUGGUAAUCAUGUAUCAAAAGGCCUAAUGAUGUUGCAACGAAAAGGUCAAAAUUACUUUGAUGAUUAUAACCCCGAAGAUGUUGAGCAAAUUGAGAAAGACUUAAGUGAUAAAGAAAAGAAUUUUGAGUUGGCAAAUAAUGCGUUCUAUGAAAUGGAAAAUGAGUUGCAGAAACUAAACAAUAGGAAACCCGAGAUUGAAUUGGAGAUUUCGAAAAUAAUCAUGGAAAUCGAUACGUAUUCUGCUGAAAUAAAAUCAAAAGAACGCCAACUACAGGAAAAAACAAAUAUAGAUAACUCUGAAUUACAAGAUAAUGAGGAACUCAAAGUAGCCAUAGAGAAUUUACAGAAGCUGAAGGAAGAACAUCUCGCCCUCCAAGAUAAGACAAAAGCCAAGAAAAAGAAAAUUGCUUCAUUGAAGGAAAAAAUUAUGAAAAUUGGUGGUAUUGAAUUGCAAGUUCAAAAUUCAAAGGUUACCUCUAUUGUUCAACGAAUAGAUAUAUUGACAGCAAAGCAAAAAAAAGACAGGACAUCCAAAAAGAAAUCGGACACUGAAUUGGAAAAAGCAAAGAAGACAUUGCUUACUUCGAAGAAUGAUAUUACUUUAAUUACAGAUGACAUCAAAGAAAUUUCUGAAAGAAUAGACAAAAUCUCUUCAUCGUUAAACAAUAUAGACAAAUCUAUAGAAGAAUUUCAAGCACAUAAAGAAACUCUGAAAGAUGAAUGCGACGAGUUGAAGGAUAAAGUUGUCGAUUUAGAAGAAAAUAUUAAUGAAUUCAAAUCUUUCGAGAUAGAAGUAAACAAUAAGCUUGAGAAAUUGAAUGGACUAUUAAAUCACAUCAAAAAUCAGAUCAAAACUCUCGAGGAUAGUCUAUCGAAAUUGACAUUAAGAAAAAUGCAUCAAGUUCUGAUGGCCCUUGAUGAAGAAAGUGAAGCUAAGGCUCCUAAUAACGGCACUUUGAGUGACGAACAAAUCCACGACCAAACUGGUCAUGAACUAACUAAUACUGCGGUCCAAGAUGAUGACUCUAUGGACAUUGAUAAUGGAGCAGAAGUGAUAUCCAAUGGUUUACCAAUAUUGUCGGACGAUGAACUCUCCGCCUUGGAUAUCACUCUAGUAGAAACCGAAGUAUCAGAUUUAGAAAAAUACAUUGAAUCGACAGACGCAAAUAUCGAGGUUCUAGAAGAGUAUGUUAAAAGAUUAACUGAGUUCAAAACCAGAAAACUAGACUUAAACGAUGCGGUAGAUAAAAGAGAAACAGUAAGAAAACAGUUAGAAGAGUUAAAGAAGACAAGGUAUGAAGAGUUUAUGCAUGGAUUCGGGAUUAUUUCAAUGACUUUAAAGGAAAUGUACCAAAUGAUCACAAUGGGUGGUAAUGCUGAACUGGAGUUAGUGGAUAGUCUAGAUCCAUUCUCAGAAGGGGUUACGUUUAGUGUUAUGCCCCCAAAAAAAAGUUGGCGUAAUAUAUCUAAUCUCUCAGGUGGUGAGAAAACAUUGAGCUCACUUGCUUUGGUAUUUGCCCUUCAUAAGUACAAGCCAACACCUUUGUAUGUCAUGGAUGAAAUAGAUGCAGCAUUGGAUUUCCGUAAUGUCUCGAUUGUUGCUAAUUACAUCAAGGAACGAACGAAAAAUGCACAAUUUAUUGUCAUAUCGUUAAGAAACAAUAUGUUUGAACUUGCGCAGCAACUUGUGGGUAUUUAUAAAUGUGAAAACAGAACCCACAGUGCAACGAUAAAGAACAGAGAAAUACUUAAUUCUGAUAUAAAUAGAGAAUAG